UCUGGUAAAUUACUGAAAGAGAAUUUCAUAAAAACUUAAAGAGAAUAAGAGUAUGAAGCAUAUGUCUGAGGGUGAAGGUUAGAUAAUGCAGUUUUACCUACCAAGGUACACAAACAAAUCCCGCAGAACACAUGCUCAACUCUAUGCAAACAAAUCGUGAUAGGGAAAAUCGAGCUCUAAGAGAUAGCGAAACCUGAAAUUUCUAAGCACUUACUUAUCAAUCAAUACCCGAUAAGAUUAGUUCAACGCCGAUAGAUAAUUCAGUGGGAGGUGUUCAACACGCUCACCUAAAAGAGCCGAAAAACGCGGACGUGUAGUUUUCUCCGACAGCUCGACCACAGAAGGUCCAAUGCAGACCGAUCGUCCUUCGCUGGAAGAUGGCUUCCACGCCGUUCCUAUACACAGUGACUCGGAGCACAACAUCCACAGUAACUCGGAUCACCAGCGGGAACUGAUCCUUCAGAACUCACAGAGAAGUCCCUGCUGCAACAGAGAUCUCCGCAAUCAGCCACAAUCAAAUGCAGUUGGAGCUGCUGCCUUAAUUUUUGUAACGGGUGGAAUUCACAUUGCCUGGAGCAUUGGUUUUGACAGUUUGUUCGCCGAACUGGAAGUAACCAACCAUGUGAGGAUUUGCUGGUUUAUAGCCGCCAUUUUGGGAGCCCUGUUUGGUGGAUUCUUCAGCCGAAGGUUUCCUUAUAAAGUACUGAUGGAGUUUUGUUCUCUGCUGACCCUCACCGGUGGAAUAAUUAUGGCUGUGAAUAGAAUGGAUCUCGAUGCGCUGCUGGCAGGCAGAUAUUUGAAUGGCCUCGCCAAUGGUCUGGCCAUAGCUCCCACUUUGGCCAUGGCAGGUGAACUCUCGGUUUUCUACAAGAGGGGAACCAUCACAUCUGCGACGGAGCAGUGGGCCACAACGAUUGGCAUCUUUGUGCAGAUCGUGAGCAGUACGAGUUGGGACGUGCAGAGUGACUUCACGGAGGAGCAGUUCACGGGAGUGAUCAGUGGAGUCCUGGGCGCCAUAGCCCUCAUCCUGGCCUUUCUGCUGUCCAUCGAAUCUCCGGUGGAUCUGCUGGAGCAGGGAAAUGAGCAGGGUGCCAUCGAGGCUCUGAGCAGGUUGCAAAGACCCAGGGCUGUGACGGCUGAGACCCAUGAUCAGGUGAGGGAUCAUCGCACCUAUUUGGCUCACCAUAGUUCCAUCAGCUGGCAAAAAGCCAUUCCCGCCGUCAUUCGACUCUCCGUUUUGAGGGCUAUGUAUGCCGUCAGCUUCAGUAUGAUGGUGACUUACACCAUUUCCUGGACAAGUGCGGCCGUCUACGGCGACAGUUCGGGACCCUUUGUGCUGUUUGGAUUCCUGCGACUCAUGGGCACCUUCUCGACCGCCUUUGCCCUGGAUUCCUUGGGCAGGAAAAUCCCCCUGCUCCUGGGACUCGUGAUUGCGGGUGGCCUGUCUGUUGGCCUGGCCAGCAGAUUUGCAGGCAGUCAGCUGCUGGCAUUCUCGGACUAUCGAAUGGCCCUGUGGCUGCUGCUCAUUUACCAACUAUUCGCCGGGAUAGCCUUUGCCCCCAGCUCAGCGUUUCUCUCGGAGGCCUUUCCACGCAAGUUCAAGCGACAGUGCAUUGCCAUCGCCUAUAUCCUGGAGAUGAUCGUCCAGCUCACCAUUUGCCAAGAGCAAUUCUACAACGACAGCAGCAUUGUUGCCAUCUAUUUCUUUGCCCUCGGAGGCCUGCUCCUGGCCGGAUUCCUCUUCAGCGUGUGGUACAUGCCGGAAACGAAGGACACCACUCUCCUGCAAGCGCAAUUCAAGUUCCAGGAAUUUGUGAUACCCCCAGCCUGAAAGUAGGCUACUCGAAAACAAGACUAGCCAACACCUAGAUAAGGCUAACAAAUAAAUCUGAAAUCCAUAUAAGAAACCCUGGUUGUUUGCGGUCGUCUUAUCGGUGCUAAAGUGACUUUCCAGAUUUGAAUGUAUUUUUGUGCCGAUCAUCGUGAAGAGCUAAUGGUUAUUAGAUUUAGGGGAACACCGUGGUAUAUAAUUAUCUGAUAAGACCGGCGCGCUAAAAGGUUUAUUUCCAAACGGCAAUUAAGUCGGUUCCCAUACAUCUUUGAUAAGAUUUGGGCUCCAUAAAUGUUUGGUGGACUUUAUAUAGAUCACUAAAAGUAUUUUAAAAUUGGAACUAGUUCUUAGUUUUUUAUGA